UAAACUUUAUCUCUUAGGGUUACAUUUGUAUUAUUAAUAUUUAACACCUUGGAUGGAGUAGCUUGUCAACUAAUAAGCGAUUUCACCUUGGGGAUCAAUAAAGCAUAUUCCCUUCUAUUCUAUAACAGAAUGGUGAUGGAGGGGGAAGAGGAGGCAGUCUGUUGGUGCAUUUUCAGGGUCGGACAUGGUCCCCCUUAUCCCCCCAUUUGGGGCGCCACUGGGCGUCAUUCGCUCAAGGACCGCCACUGCCUAUGUACUGUAUAAAUAGAGCGUAAGCUGCUCUGCUGAGCCAACACGCUGAGAGCGCACAUUGACAGGACGAUUAAUAUUUUAGGCUUGCUACAAAAUGAAUAAUAGAAGCGUUUGCAUGUUUUUUCAUGUAUAUAUUUUCUACGACAGAACGAGGUUAGUUUCUCUAUGAGCAAAAUGAAAGACCAGUAAAAUAAAAAAAUAAAAGAAAACAGAGUUGGAGCGUUCCUUUUCCUUCCAUCUUCUCGAACUCCCCCGCGAUGAACCAUCCAGCUCUGCCCAGGAUCCCUUGAUGGUGCGUUAACUUUGACCUUUUCUUCCACCGGGCGGUGGAAGCAGAACGCUGGCUAAAUUCUCCCGGAUUUGCCUGGACCUGGACGCGCGUUGCGUAACCCGCGGAGAAAUGUUCUUUAACUGGGGUAAGCGCGAUGCAGCGACCAGUUUUUGCGGGAUUGCAUGCGCGUUGUAACCUCAGAAAGAACAAGGAUGACGGUGGUUUACGUGCUGGGCAGAGGAGGGCAGAGCAUGCUGGUGGCGCUCGGAUGGCUUCUCUUAAUCGGGACGCGCAGCGGAGCAGCUUCUAGAUGUGUAAACCAAGCCUGCAGUCCACCCAUCGGGAAUCUGGCGAGCGGCCGGGCGCUUCUAACCUGGACAAACUGCUGUGCCAACCAUUUCCAAAGUUUGUGCCCCCAUCCUCCAGAGAACCCCCGCUCAUGCCAAGAAGACACUCAUCCUCCUUCUCUGAUGACCGACGACCCGUUUUUGCAUCCGGACACCUGGUGGGCAUCGAGAGGAGGCGACAUGGAGCAGGACGAGAUCCGGUUGGAUCUGGAGACAAAGUUCUGUCUGUCUCAUGUAGUUUUGGUCUUCAGAUCUCCCAGACCUGCUGCCAUGGUCAUUGAGCGCUCCGCUGAUUUUGGAAAGACCUGGGAGGCUCUCAGGGUGUUUUCUCACAACUGCAGGGUGGAAUUUAACUUGGACGAUGACCUCAGAGGGCCGGGCUCGCUGUGCACGUCCCGGUAUUCUAGUCCUCUCCCUUGUAGAGGUGGGGAGGUAAUCGUACGUACUCUGGAUCCAAGAAGUGGAAAAACCUUUGACCCCUACAGUCCAGAGGCCCUUGUCCGCCUUACCAUCACAAAUCUCCGCAUCAGACUACUGAAAGCUCAGACUUGUCCUGCAUCUGUGAACUCCUCUGCAACAUGGACAAACCCCACAGCCACGUCAGAAAGCCCACCCUCAGCACCAUUUGCCAUUUCCACAUUGCUGGCCAGAGGGACAUGCCUGUGCCAUGGGCAUGCCGAAUAUUGCUUACCACAUAAAAUCGGUGAAGACAAAAGACAAGAUAGUGACAUGGUAUUUGGAAAGUGUCUCUGCGUCCAUCACACUGAUGGGGAUCACUGUGAGAGGUGUGCCCCGCUGUAUAACAAUCGGCCCUGGAGGCCUGCCAAUGGCAGCAGUGGUGAGCCGAACCCAUGUCAGAAGUGUGAGUGCCAUGGCCAUGCAGAGAGCUGUCACUUCUCUCUCCGGGCGUGGAUCUCCACGGAUGGAGUCAGCGGAGGUGUCUGUAACGACUGUCAGCAUAACACUGAGGGCCGCAGGUGUCAGCGCUGCCGUCACGGUUACUAUCGCCACCGGCCCAUGCCCCUUAAGUCUCCCUACGCCUGCACACGCUGCUGGUGUGAUCCCCGGGGGUCCUUGCCUACCCCACCUGGACAAGUGGCACCCUGGUGCGACCCUAGGAAUGGCCAGUGCCGGUGUAAGCCUGGCGUAGGGGGCAUGAGCUGCAGCCACUGCCAGCCCGGCUACUGGGGCUUCGGAGAGGAUGGCUGCAAGCCCUGUGUCUGUCCAAACAGCUGCGAUCCAACUACUGGACUCUGUUUGAACAGCUACCCAAAUAAUCACAUACUAAACGUGCCUAUUGGUGGAAAAAUCCCAGAUGUGGACGACAUGUUCAUAGCUGAGGAAGAAUGGUCGAAGGAGCUUGCAGUGUCUGCUCUACACCAUACAGGGAAGUGCAGGUGUAAGGAGAAAAGUCUGAGAAGCGUCUCUGACCUGUGCAAGACCAAACAUGACUACGUGAUGAAGGCGAGCGUGCUGUCGGCGCACGACAAGGGCAGCCACGCAGAGGUACGGGUCAAAGUCCGUAAGGUGAUUCGAUCGGGUCGGGUGGCGCUGCACUUGGGGACCGCCAGCGUGUUCCCUCUGCCCUGGACCCAUCGGGGCUGCACCUGCCCCGUCCUCAACCCAGGUGUGAAAUACUUGCUUGCUGGCCCAGAGGAGCCGGGAACGGGUCGUUUGUUGGUCACCAUGCAGAGCAUAGCGGUUCCGUGGACGCCUCGACUAGCUUUGCUUUUAUCAGAGGCGCUGAGGAAAGGAUGUCUACAAUACAAACAGGCAGAGCAAAAUUUAGAGGACAUAACUUGACGUGAAAGCGGACUACUCAGCAAAAGAAACUUUAAAAGUCUGAAAGUGACUGAAAAAACCCCCAAGACUCAAACUCAAAGUUCACAAAUUGCCUUGGAAGAGUUUUCCUAUGAAUGAUUCAUAUUGUGUCAUGUUACAACCACAAACCUUAAUGGAUUUUAUUGGAUGUGUAUAUAUAUUUGACCAAACUAAUGUAUUAUUGUUUAAUUGAAGGAAAAUGGUGUUCAUCUU